ACGAAGGCGAAGGAUGGCCGUCGCGCCCGCUCGCGCUAUUUUUAUCGUUAGUUUUAAUAUUAUUAGGGUAUUAUGCAGAAAAUACGGCUUAUAUCUAUUCGUAGGAUGCCUUAUCAUCCUAUUCCAGGGAUUUUCGGGUUAUUACGUGUUAAGACUGGGCUCAGAUAACACCAUUAGAGAUGGCCGAGGCCCGUCUCUCCCCGAUAAAGCAGAAGUAUUUGAGAGAGCGCACGUACACUUGGAGAAUCGAGUGUAUUUGGAAAAUGACCGGGGCGGUGCCGAUAGCCAUAACAAAGGUCCUCCAGAGGGGAGUGAGUUAGACAGCCAGGAGGUGGGGGUAGAGGCACUCGGAGUGGAAACCCCCUGUCGCCUCCAGAGCAAGGAGGCAGUGUCGGCUAUUAAGCGGGCAUCCACUACACACUGCAAGACUCUCAUUGGAAACAUAUCAUGUCAGAUUCAAGCUGGCAGUUUCUAUCCACGCCGAUUGCAGAGUUACUGUCCAUCAAAUGGGAAGAUGCGAGGCAAGCACAUGGGCUGCUUUAUCGACAGCAGGGAAUCGAGGAUCCUUCGAGGCCAUGCAACACAGCUGAAGAGAAAUUCCCCUAGCAUCUGUUGUGACAUCUGUUAUCAGCGAGGAUACGUUUAUGCCGGAGUCCAGUAUGGCAAGGAAUGCUUCUGCGGAAAUGAAGAGCUCCCUGUGAAGUUGAAAGCCGCAGAAAGCUUUUGCAACAUGCCUUGCUCUGGGGAUGAGAGGUUGAAAUGUGGGGAUUAUCUGCACAUGAAUGUCUAUCAAACAGGCUUGGCAAAAUAUGUCCCAGUUGCCCUCAAAGGCCCCUCCACAGCCAACGACUCUGCGGUGAGAAUUGCAUUCAUCCUGACGAUAAAUGGACGAGCCGUGAGGCAGCUCAAGCGGAUGUUCAAAGCCCUGUACCACAAAGAUCACUAUUUCUUCAUCCAUGUAGAUUCACGUCAGGACUUCCUAUAUGGGGAGAUGCUGAAGUUAGAGCAGCAGUUUGACAACAUCCAAGUGUCGAGGUACCGUCUGUCGACCAUCUGGGGUGGUGCAUCGCUCCUCACCAUCCUCCUUCAUUGCAUGGAACAAGUGUUGCUUAUCAAGUCCUGGAAGUGGGAUUUUGUCAUCAACCUGAGCGAGUCAGAUUAUCCCAUCAAAACAAAUGAAGAGUUAGUCCGCUUCCUCACCUCCAACCGGGAGCGUAACUUCCUCAAGUCGCACGGCCACGACACAAACAAAUUCCUCCAGAAGCAAGGACUCGACCGGACCUUCAUUGAGUGCGAGACCCACAUGUGGAGGAUCGGCGAGAGACAAAUACCAAUGGGUGUUCGUGUGGAUGGAGGGAGUGACUGGCUGUGCCUGAAUCGGGACUUCGUAAAUUACGUGGUAAACAGUCGAGACCAAUUAGUCACCGGGCUGAAGAAAGUCUACUCAUACACCUUACUUCCUGCUGAGUCCUUCUUCCACACAGUCCUGCGAAACUCAGAGUACUGCCAGUCCUUCACCGACAACAACCUGCACGUCACCAACUGGAAGAGAAAGCUCGGCUGCAAGUGUCAGUACAAGCACAUCGUCGACUGGUGUGGCUGCUCCCCCAAUGACUUCACACCGGGUGACUGGCCCAAGCUGGAGGCCUCUGUCUCUCGGAAUCUUUUCUUCGCCCGCAAGUUCGAGGCAGUGAUCAGCCAGGCCAUCAUCAAUCAGGUGGACGGGUGGCUCUACACGCCCUACUACACCUCUACACCGGGGUUAGACAGCUACUGGGAGAGCAGGUACCACCACGACGACCGCUACACCAGUGGCAGUGAUGUGGCCCUCACUCUCUAUAGCUCGGUGGCGAGACUAAGUACCCGCACAGUGACUCAGCUUGUCAGUUCCAAGCAUAGCAAGUGCAGUUUGUAUGCCACUGGGGUCCUUCAGGCACACUCAUAUCAUUCCAAUGACGAGUUUAAGGGUCAGCUAGUGCAGUAUAUUGGGAAUGUAGAUGGCCAAGGCACUUUCCAUCUGGAGACCUGGGUCUUCCCACACGUCAAGUACCGACCCCUCUUUAACCAGCGAUACGAGAGGCUUUUGAGUAUUGAAGUCGGGACGGACUUUGACGUUAAGGAGCAAGUGUUUCGCAACUUUGGCAUUCCCUUUGGGCCCAACAGUGACAUAACUGUUGUCACUCGAUGGGGAGCUGGUAUCAAUGCUGAUGGGUUGCCAGAAGAAAGCAUUGAACAGCCCACGCUGGUGCUGAGUGAUCCAACUGCGUCUGUUGCUGCUGGAGAGGAAAUCACAGUUGAUACAGGAGAACAGGUCGUAGCCCACACCUUCGAGCUGAAAAAAACACUCUUACCAGGGUCAUGGAUGGUUUGGGUGUUGGUAGACAACGUGAUUGUCGCAUCACACACUUUCCUCGUCCUCCCCAUGCAGUUUGUUCAGGGCCGCCAGAUUUCAGUUAAAGAGGCUAAAACUCUGCAUAAGGGACCAUCUGAACCCUACACUGAGGAUGAUGUGAGCCACUACAGUGUCCUCCUGAACCUGGGCUAUCCUGGUAACAGCUCGGCUCUGGAGGUCUCGGCAAACCAUGCUCUCCUCUACGGACCCCAACUUUCCAAGUGGAUUGAUGAACUAGUUACCAGGUUCUACACAGUCCAAGAUACGUGUUACAUCCAGAGUGACCAUGUUCCCGAGUGUAUCCGUGCAGAGCUUGAUCCUUGCUCAAAGUCCAACUGGAGCUCCUUCUCACCUGACCCCAAGUCUGAACUUGGUAGUGUGGAUCCCAAGACUGGGAGGCUUACUGAUGCCUACCGUAUUACCGACAACUUCAGAUAAGAUCUGGAGAGUGUUUUUUUAGGGUUUUCAAGAGUAUGUAUGAAUGGUGUGUAGGGCCAAAUGUUAUUAUUGGAAUUAAAUAGGUACUAUAGUUAACUUCCUGGUGGAAUAAACAAAAUUUGUGUAAAAAUGUUGAAAGGAGAAUUAAUUACUGAGUUCUUGUGAAGAGGUGAGUUAUUGGGACCAUUGUGUGCAUAGAAGAAUGAGGUAGAAUUUUUUUAUUUGUGGUUUAUCAUGUUUAAAAGCCAUUUUCCCUGUAUUUGUGUAAGAAGGACAAAUUUUGUGUUCAGAUUUCUGCAUGAAGGCAUUAAUAUCUGCAGCUUUACUUUUGUGUGGAAUACUUUUGGUGUUCUGACGAGUGAGGAUGAAGGUGUUCCUCAGAGUUUUUUGAGUGACAUUUAUUUCCCACUUGGUUGAUGUGAUUAAUGGAAAAAUGUAAGAUAUUGGUGACUCAGAAGAUAUUUUGUUGGAACUUUAGAUUUUGGAGAAAGAUUCAUUUAUUAAAAAAAAUAAUAGUAAUAAUGCCCAGCACUUGCAGUCAUAUUGGUGAUAGACUUACUAAUGUGACUGCCAUGCAUGAAGAUCAGGGUGAAAAAUUAAAGCUGGAAGCACACGUUAUUAUAUUCCAUAGGGAUAAGGCAAUUGGUUCGCCUGAAUUUUAAAUAAAAUGUGCUGUAGUGUUGGGUGUUUAACCCAGUGUCAGCGGGUGGCAAGACUACAAUGUCAUGCCCACUGUAAUAAAAGUUUAUCUGUUGUCUUUACACAUAGAUGGCUAUACAAGUGCUUAGUCACCAAAGAGUCUUACCUAUCUCAUCAAUUCACCCUUUUCCCACAUUUUUUGAAAGUUUCAUUUC